GUUCAUCCUCAUGUUGGCUGCGACGGCUGUCGUCAUGGCCCAGUUAUCGGCGUACGCUACAAGUGCCUUUCCUGCGAUAACUUCGAUCUCUGCUCUACAUGCUUCAACAGCACUGAGAAACGCUCUGAGCACGACGUUUCCCACGAACUCUUUCCUAGCCGGAGUCCAGGAGCAUAUGCGCAGUUCCCUGCCGCGCGAGGCGGUCCCCACUUCCCUUCGACCUUUCCUGGAGAUGGAGCAUGCAGCAGAUGCGGCAGAUCCGUCGAGCAUCGCUGUUCGGACUGCGGUGACUAUGGACUGUGCACCGCUUGUGUGAGCGAUCCCCAAGUCCGCAUGUCCCACGACCCUCUGCACAAGUUCACUCCGUUGGAGUCUUCCACAACCGAUCUCAGCUCUGAGUCGGCUUUUUCCUCGGACACGAACGGGACCAGAUGCGAUGGCUGCCAACGCCACAUCUCUCAUGUUGGACACCGGUGCCUAGAAUGCCCCAACUUUUCUCUCUGUCAGUUCUGCGUCUCGUCCGUCCCGCGUCGCCUGGAGCACAACGCCAGACAUCGCUUUUUCCCUGUCGAGUACCCUCAGGAAGAUACUAGCGCCUUCAAGGUAGUCUUUGCCACACUGGACGCGAUGCACUGUCGAGGCUGUAACCUCGGUGCCUCGGCUGCCCAGCACAGGUGCCUCUCAUGUCCGAACUUCGUCCUCUGCACGUGGUGCAUCUCAGACCCAGAUGUGCGGGCUCAACACGAUCUUACACAUCCUUUUUUCCCUUUCACAACGCGCAAUGGCGCUCGAGAUGCCAAGUACGAGGCUAGACGUCGUCAUUUCGCCGCAUCCAAGGAUUCUCGCGCGCCACCACACUCUGGCUUGGAAAGCAACCAGCCCUCUGGCAACGUAGGUUUCUCGAUCUCAGCCUGA